AUGGAUUCACGGAAUCAGCAAAGCUUAGGAAACAAGGCACAGCCGUCCAGAUUGACCGCCGCCACCUUAGCAGCCGCCGCCGGCAGCGGCGCGAGCGACGGCCGACCCUCCUCCACCAUGCCUCGAACCGGCCAAGGCGGAAUAAUGCCUAAUUUCCCAAUCGCGCUUGUCCUUAAUCUCGCGGCGCUCCUAGAAAAGCUCGACGAGGCGCUUCUUCCUGCCGUGUACCGCUCCCUAGCGCCGUCUCUUAAUCUCCACUAUUCAGCGCCGGCUUUUUCCCUGGGAACCCUGGCUUUCUAUAGAUGCCUCGUGCAGGCGCUGGCAGCGCCACUUGCGGCGUAUUUAGCGGCGCGGGGCGAUCGCGUGGCGAUUAUUGGCGCGGGGGCGGUGGCGUGGGGCGUGGCGACUGCUGCUGUGGGCAUGGCGUCCACCUACUGGGGGGUGGCCAUAGCGCGAGCAGCAAGCGGCAUCGGUCUCGCCCUCGUGCUCCCCUGCAUUCAAUCCCUCCUCGCGGACCUCUCACCAGAGCACCACAGAGGCUCUGCCUUCGGCGUCUUCCAGGCCUCCUCCCACAUGGGCUCGCUGCUGGGAGCCGUGGCCGCGUCUGCUCUCGCUGGCCGGGCGUUGUUAGGGCUGCCGGGGUGGCGAGCAGCGUUUCACCUCGUGGCUCUGCUCAGCGUUGCCUUCGGCCUGCUGCUGCUCUCCCUCUCCGCCUUCUCAUCCUCCUCCUCAUCCUCCUCUUCUGCUGCCCCCCCAUCUACCUUCCCUUUCUCCUUCUCCUCCUCCUCCUCUGCCUCCUCACGGCCCUCCUCCUCCUUUGUCUCGUCUGCUCUUGGACUGUUCUCCCGUCCCUCCCACACGUCACACCCUGCCUCCGCCUCUGCUGGUACCUCUGCGUCUGAUUCUCUCCCUGUCUCUGCUGUAUCAGCCUCUGCAGCCGCUGCACCUGCAGCGCCCUCUCUCCCCUCCGCCGACGGAAGGAACACCCUUGAAGCAUGGAGCGCUGCUGUUUCAAGAGCCGAUCCCACGCCCGGGGUGUGGAGGGACGAGCCUCUCUCCUCUGCGGUGGGCGAUUUGUGGCUGAAGCUGCGCCACGUGGCGUCCAUCCGCACGUGCCAGCUCAUCAUGCUGCAGGGCGUGGUCAGUCAGGCGCCGUGGAGCGCGCUGCUCUUCCUGUCCAUGUGGCUUGAGCUCAUUGGCUUUGACCCGUCGCGAGCAGCAGAGCUGGUGGGUGGCUGGGUGUGCGUGCGUGUGGGUGGUGUGCGUGCAUUCCGGUUUAGGGUAUCCCUCCUCUCCCUGGGAUUUCUCCUGGGCUCGCUCACAGCAGGGUGGGUGGGCGACAGGGCAUUGCAGCACAUCCCGCACCAGGGCCUGGGGCGCAUUCUGUGUGCCAACAUCAGCACCGGCGCUGUCUCAGCACCACAUGCUCUGCUGUUCUGUCUGAUUGGAUUCGCGGCUGCCUGGCCGCUUCCCUCAUGCAACCUUCCCAUGCUAUCAGAGGUGGUGCCCUCUCGUCUGCGCACCACAGCCUAUGCAGCGGACAUGGCACUAGGACGUUUAUCAGCCGCGUUUGGAGGGCCAGCAGUGGGUCUGACAGCCAUCCACCUGUACGGAUUCUCCACUGCCGCUGCUGCUGCCGCCAUGGCCGGUCGCUCGGGGGUGGCCUUAGCCGCUGCUACUUCGGCUCUUGAAGCCUCUGGAUCUGCUUCGGCUGCUGCAGUGGCAGGGGCAGCAGGAGCAGGUGGGGUAGACACAGGGGAGGUAGGGACUGGAGGGGGUUUACUAGGAGCCGGCGGGGCGGGUGUUACUGGCUUAGCAGCAACAGCCGCCGCCGCUGCUGCUGCUAAUGCGGAGGCGCUUGCCAAGGGGUUGUUUCUGGCGAUCGCGGUUCCAUAUGCGGUGAAUGUGAUGCUGAUUGCUGCGUGCUUCUGGGCGUAUCCCGAGGACCGAAAGCAUGCUUCAGUGGCUAACUGGGUGGAUGACUCGAGUGGGGCCGGUGCACGUGGUGCUGCUGCUGGUGGUGGAGGUGGAAGCGGUAGUGGUGGUGGUGAUGCUGCUGAUGUGACCAGGACGGAAGGCAGGAAGGCUGGCAAGGCAGGGAGGGGUGAGAAUGCAGACAAGGGGGGGCAUUGGGAGGUCAAUGUGCAUGAUUCAAGUGAUUCGAGUAGCUUGGCUGAGCUGGGUAUGGGUGGUGGUGGUGGUACUCUGCAAGGGAGACCAGAGCAUUAUCAACAACUGGAGAUGCAGCAACAGCAGAGGUUACGGGGGAAAAUGGCACUUGGGCCAUCAGAUGCGACGGAAACAGAAUCCAGACCAUUAUUACUACAUCCCAACGUGUAA